AUGCUUCGGCUGCUGAGGCAUUCCGUCAUCGGGCCUUCCUCCGUGUUGGCACUUAGCCGUCACCACCAGAGCGGUGCGCAGCAGUCAGCGGCGAACAUGCGGGACCAGCAAUCCGUCAAAACUGAGACCGUGCCACCUGAGAAGGUGUGGGCGCUCUGGAAUGAGGGAAACCUCUUUUCCCUUUCGCUGGUCCAGCUACAGGGGUUCCUCGCCCGCUCCGGUCUAAAGACUGAUCCGUCCGCCAAAAAGUCAGCGGUGGUGCGGCAGGUGGAGGAGUAUCUUCAUUCGAAGGAUGUUGCAGCUAAAGGUGGGGCACAAGUGUCACCAUCGCAGCAACAGCAGCAACAUGGGGGCUAUGGGCGCUGGAACCAAUCAACAGUAAUGCAGCCCGAAACGCUUCUGGACCUCGCUCAGGCUGGAUUUUAUGAGGGAUCUGCUAACAUGGCACCGAAAGCAUUUCAGCUACUUGUUAGCAACACAGCUGCGGAUGUGGUGAUUUCACGUGUGAAUACCACCGCCUUUCCUGGGUUUCCUGCGAACACAGAGUGCUACACGUUGUCUGCGUCAGAAAAAGAUGUUGCCAUUCGUUCCCGGUACAGUAAGGUCCUUCAGUGGUGCUGCUUAAACAUGAGCAACCUGCAGAUGGACGGUGAACUGUUUGUGGACUUUGGCAAGUUAUUGCUUCAGCCAACGGUCAUGCGGAAGAAUCGUAGUAUUGUCUCAUCAUUCACACUUCAGCAACGGAUGCAGCUGAACUAUCCGUACACAUGGGUGUCGACACUUCCAGAAUCCUGCGUUAAUGCAAUUCAAGAACAAUUGUUGAAGCCUGAGGGAUUCGUGCCUCUAAGCAAAGGGGCACAGCUCACAUACAGUGGAUCCAUAAAGCGGGCCAAAGAUCAAAUCAAUCUCGAGCUUGACAGCAAGGGUAAGGUUCUUUCCGUGAAUAGCGGUUGGGUCAAUGUGCAGACCGCGUGGUGUACGCACGCCUGUGGACCAGACGUCCGUCUUCUGUUGCGCUCGCGGCCCCCGAUGCGGCGGCAGGAGGUGGAGAUGUACGCUGCGAUGCCUAUUAUUCAACUUUCCGAGGACGACGUCUCAGAUGUCCUUCCCGCGGAGCAUGGGCAGCUGGUGUACCUCUCCGAGGACGAGACGCGCCUCUUUGAGAAGGUGACGGAUAAGGGCGUGAAACUGACAGUGAAGGAGGUUAAGCGACAGCCGCUGAUUGUCCUUCGCGAUGAGGAGGAGGACCCACGAUUAGAGUACAGUCUGUCGGUGGCGGUCCCGGCCAAUGCAGGGAGGGUGAUGGACGUGCGUGCUGUGGGGCUCGCCGCCUUUGAGCUGGCGGGCCAAUUGGCGUCGCUCGUGACGGAGGACUUUGUGAAGGCUUACGGCUGCGAGGCGAAGUUGUGA